AUGAACAAAAACAGAGAUUUCACUCAACAGAAAACAGCUGGAAUUGGCAAUGAUGAAGUUGAUGGCAACAAUAUAUGUAGUUUCAGAAAGAAAAAGGGAAUCAAAAGUACCACAAAGCAGUCUCCUCUAUUAGAAAAUGAGAAGAUUGAGCCAUCUCUCACCUCAAAAAUCCCAGAUUGUCAUCCUCUUCAAGGAACCACUGUUAUUUCAGAACCACCACUGCAUCAUUCUCUUCAAAACCUGACUAAUUUUCCUUUGGUAGAAAACCACAGAGGGGACAGAGGCAGUUCCCAUUUUGGCAGCAACGUGAAAGAAGACAUGUCUGGGGAAAUAUAUGACAUCCCAGAAAAUGCUGACAGUGGGAAAAUAGCAAUAGAAAAAAUGCAGGAGGGGACAGAAACGUCAGGUACAACAAAGCUGUCCAUGGCUGUACAAUCCACAAGCAAUACAGAGAAAGUUGAAUGCACAGAGACAGUGUGUGAAGAAGAGGACAGUGAGAAGACAGAGCAUAAACAAGAGGUCUGGGGCAGGAUGGAUGAAGAAAACAGCAAGUUUCAUAUGACAAAGAUGGGUUCCCUGGAGAGCACUGCAACCACACGAGGGAGUGACACUGCAGUAUCUUUCGCACCUGGCAUUUCUAAACAAACUCUACAAGAGCUAAAAAAACUUCUGAGUGAAGGCCCUCUGCCUGCCCAUGGGCCAAAUUACAGAGGCGGGUCAAGUGGCUCUGUUAGUCAACAAAACUUGAAGCCCGUGGAGAAAAGAGCUGAAAAACCAGGCAGGCCAUUUGAGAUGCUUAGUCUCCAUUUUGGAAAAGAGAAUCAAAAGUACCACAAUUUUCGCAAGGAGGAAGCAGGGCAGCAGAGCAAACCUCUGCUGGUCCUCAGCUCUGCAGGUUCUGACGAGCCACAACCAGCAGGAGGCGAGGUGGAUCAGCCAUUCCUGAAACAACCAGAAACUUCCAUGAGUGCCGAAAGUUCUGCUCCUGAGAUUCUGUUUGACUCUUCUGCAGGCAACUCUGCAUCCAGCAGAGAACCUGAUAUAAACGGCCUCGGAAUUCCAAGCCUCCUUCACCUGUUCUCUCACAUUGAAUUUAUUAAGCAGCAGAUGGCCAGGGACAGCAUACAAUUCGUCAGAUUUGAAUCAAUAGACCUCCAUGGUGUGUCAAGAUCAAAGAAUGUUCCUUCUCGCUUUUUUCAUGAAAAAGCAAUUCAUGGUGUUGCCAUGCCCAGAAGCUAUCUUGAACUGACCCUGAAUCCUAAGGAUAAUGAAAUAGAUUAUAUAAAUGCAACCAAUUUUAAUUGUGACAUAAUCCUGAACCCUGAUUUAUCAACAUUUCGAAUUCUACCCUGGACCGAGCAGACAGCUAGAGUAAUAUGUGAUUCCUUCACUGUACUGGGCAACCCUCUAAUGACCUCACCUAGGCACAUUGCCAAGAAGCAGCUGAGAGAGCUUCAGGACAACGGCUUCUCUCUACACUCUGCCUUCACUUAUGAAUUUUGUAUUUAUGGCAUUACUGAGGUUGUAAAUUCAAAGACAAUAUCCUUUCCUGCAGCAACGAUACUAAAUAACCAUGACCAGACAUUCAUUCAGGAGCUCAUUGAAGGAAUGUAUUGUACUGGGGCCAACAUUGAAAGCUUUUCUUCUUCUAGUGGGCCUGGACAAAUGGAGAUCACUUUUCAUCCAGCAUUUGGCAUAGAUGCUGCUGACAGUGCCUUCACAUUUAGAACAGGCAUUAAAGAGGUGGCUAAGAAGUAUAGCUACAUAGCUAGCUUUUUCUCAGAAUCAGGAUUCUAUAAUUCAGGUGCUCUCUCACAUAGUCUGUGGGAUCUGAAUGGGCAGAAGAAUUUGUUUUCUGCUGGUUAUGGAGCUGAGGAGCUCACAGAUAUUGGAAAAAAUUGGCUAUCUGGUCUCUUGGCACACUCAGCAGCUAUUAGCUGCUUGAUGGCUCCUACUACCAGCUGCCGUAAGCCUUAUUCCAAAUACAGCAAAGAAUCAAAAGAGACUGUAAGUGCAAAAUGGGCAUAUAAUGAUAACAGCUGUGCCUUUAAUGUCAAAUGUCAUGGUGGAAAAGGCACUCGCAUAGAGAAUAAAUUGAGUUCUGCUACAGCAAACCCCUACUUGGUACUUGCGGCUACUAUUGCUGCAGGUCUAGAUGGAGUAAAGAGGGGACUUAGGUAUGAUGAUACAUCCCUGGAAGAAAACCACAUAUCUGGUCUGAAACCUUCAUCCGUCCCUCUGAAGCUAGAAGAUGCUCUUGUGGCACUUGAAAAAGAUUCAUGCAUUAAGGAAGCAUUAGGUGAAACUUUCAUCAAUUAUUUCAUUGCCAUGAAACAUUAUGAAUUAGAAACUGAAGAAAUGGAUAGCGAAAGGAAUAAAUGCCUGGGGUAUUUUAUUUAG